AUGCCCGGCCGUGGCGUGAGCGAAGCCUCCUCUUGCACAGUCCACCGCCACCCGACCAUAUCAUCCCCCUCCCCGUCCUGCUCUCUCCUCAUUGUGCCGCUGCCGUGCAGGGCGAUGGCCAGCCAGCAACCUGACAACGAGCAAGCCCCCUCUAGUCCCACCCAGUCCCACCUGGCGACUGCGCAGACCGUCUACGGCUCCCGACUGCCCCUCCAUCGCAGCAUUAGUCACGGUUCGCAAUGGUCCGCCGCGGACACUCCCCAACACCACAACUUGGGCACAUCGUACUCCUCCCAAUACCAGAGACCGAUCUCCCCUGCCCCACGGCGUCGUCCGGGCGUGAACAGGAGCUUAUCUACCAGCUCCCCUAGGCGCCCGCCCGCCAGGAGCACCAGUGUAGGCAGUUCGCGCGCGCACGGCCGGUCUCUGCGCGACGAUGAAGGUCUCCUGAGUGAGGAUGACGAGUUCGAUGGCGACGAUGACGAUGACAAGGAUAACGAGGAGCACAGCGUAGCCGCCAGCAGGGGCAAAGCAGUCGCCGUCGAUGACGUUCCGGAGAACCAUGAUAGCGAGGGCGAGGCUACCGAGCAGGAAGACGAUCCCAUCACGCUCAAAGAGCGACAAUCGCUCAUCAACGUCGAGCAUCCGUUCGGUCUCCCCAUCUGGAAACCAGCCUUGUACAAAAAAUCCCGCUCCGUCACUCGUUACGCCGACCAAGCCCUUCAUUCCAUCCCCUCUGCGCAGGCGGAACGUCACCUCCUUCCCGGAAAUAUUUUAUGGACUCUCUGCUUUGGCUGGUGGCUAGCCGUAGUCUGCUUCAUUGUAUCAGCUGUUCUCUAUGUCCUCCCCCUCGGUGGACGUCGAUACUCCUCGCUCAUCUUCGGGCUGGGCUGGUACCUCGGCUGGCCAUUCGGGAAGUACGUUGAGGGUGAUCUCUCCGUCGUGGACCGUGUCCGUCUUGAUGAAGAGACGCCUGUCAGUGAGACCACUGUUCAUAUACACUCAGGCUCGGAUGGUGAGACUGUCCGUGCUUCUUCCCCUCAGAGGGACGGCAAUUCUGUCCUGACUCCUCGACCGAGUCAUGUUCACCCCUCGAUCCAUGAGCAUACAGCAUCGGUUUCAUGGCAUGACGAUCCCAUCUCUGGAGAAACUACUGCCCUUCUGCGGAAUUCAAAGGCAGGCACAGUCGUUGUGGGGUCUCACAAGUCGUACGGUGCUGUCAGAACCACAGGUAUAUCGAAAUCUAGCAGUAGUGUACACGAUUGGCUCGGUCAGAUAGCCUUCUGGCUUUUCUUUGUCUCGCUGAUCGCCCCGUUGAUGCUGCUCGUCUGUAUCGUCUGUUGGGGACUUGUGCUUACAAUUCCGAUGGCCAAGCUUAAUUGGGCGCUCAUCAAGCAUCUCUUCCAGCACCCCACCAGUAUUCGGUUCUGCUCCGUUCCGUCAUCUGUAGUCCUCUCUGCCGAGCCUUCGGCAACAAAUGUCGACGGUGUCGCAAAUAUCCCGGAAGAGCAUGUCACAGUCAAUCACCCUCGCCUCUCUGCAGGCCAAGUUGCCCCGUCCGGGUCUCCAGAUUCUACAGUGCUGCUUUGCAUUUAUCGGGCAGCUGGAUGGCAAUUCUACAAGUACACAGUCGGCGGCGUGAACAUCAUGUUCAUUAACCUCCUUCCCAUCGUCUUUUUUGUCAUUUUCGACGGGUUCGUUCUGCUACCGCUGGCCGAACACCGUGAACAUGCGGGGCACCAUGUCCCAGCUCUCCUCGCGUUGUUGGCAUCCCGUCCAUUAAUCUUCAUACUCAGCCUCCUGAGUGUCAUACCUCUUUCCUACUUCAUUGGUAUGGCCGUUGCCUCUAUCUCAGCUCAAUCCUCCAUCGGUAUGGGUGCCGUCAUCAACGCGACAUUUGGUUCGAUCAUCGAGAUUCUCCUCUAUGCCAUUGCCUUGACGCAGGGCAAGGGCCGUCUCGUCGAAGGUUCUAUCGUGGGCAGUCUGUUGGCAGGUGUUCUGCUUAUGCCGGGUGUCAGUAUGUGCAGUGGAGCUCUCAAACGGAAGGAGCAGAAGUUCAAUGCGAAAAGUGCGGGCGUUACGAGCACUAUGCUCAUCAUGGCCAUUAUAGGCACGCUGACCCCAACGUUGUUCUAUCAAACAUACGGGAAUUUCCAAUUGAUCUGUGACGGCUGCCCUGAUCACCUUUCUUCCCUAGAUGCGCCGUGGACUUGUAAACAUUGUGCAUACAAGCACCCAGAUCCAGUGGACGAUCCGUUCUACCAAUCUACAGUCAAGACUUUGAUGUAUUUCUGCGCCGCGAUUCUUCUAUUCUCAUAUAUUCUAGGCCUUUGGUUCUCCUUGCGUACACAUGCAUCUCAGAUCUGGCAGAAUCCACAACAGCUUCUUCAUCCUCAGGACACGAGCCGCUUGUCCCUGUAUCAGAAGCUGGUUCCACAACAGGUUCAGUUUCAACCUGGCACUUCUCGGCGAGGCGAGAGCAUCCUGCGUCACAAGUCAAGUCUGGCGAUGACCGAAGAGAGUGUUUCACCGUCAAGAAGCGAGACUCCCGUGCCUCGCUUGAACGAUCAGCUACAACCUCUCCCUGGUACCAGCCAAUUCUCAGAUGCAACUCAAGGUACUGCGGUGCCAUCGACAUCUCAGAGGCGCAUCUCUUAUGCCCCUCCCCCCAUCAUCCAGCCUCCGAGUGGGUAUGCGCCGAUCCUUGAGAGCGUCGACCAUGCCAUCAAAGAUUCUGGUUUACGACAGACGCAGCUUCCGGAAACCAUGACUGCAGACGACUUCACGCGUGCCGUCGCUGUCGCUACUGUCAGUGCACUUAGGCACCAUACUCAUGUUCCGAGAGUGCGUAGUGGUGUGAUUGGCGAGGCAGAUGCGGAAGAGUCUGCAGGUGGACACGGCGGACAUGAUGGACCCUCGUGGAGUCGAAUGACGAGUGCCAGCGUCUUGCUGUCCUGCACUGCCCUUUACGCUAUCAUUGCAGAGCUACUCGUUGAUGUGGUCGAUGUUGUGUUGGAGGGUUCGGGCAUCGACGAGAAAUUCCUCGGAGUCACCUUGUUCGCCUUGGUUCCAAAUACUACAGAGUUCAUGAAUGCGAUGUCGUUCGCUAUGAACGGCAACAUUGCAUUAAGUAUGGAAAUUGGGUCUGCGUAUGCACUGCAAGUUUGUCUUCUCCAAAUUCCUGCGAUGGUCGCCUUUUCGGCUUGGUAUGACCCAGCAGACGUAGGAAAGGUUGUCAAUACCUUCACGUUGAUCUUCCCUCGCUGGGAUGUCAUUGUCAUCAUCUUGUCUAUUUUCCUUUUGACUUAUACGUAUAUUGAAGCGAAGGCCAACUAUCAUCGUGGCAGUAUCCUCAUUCUCAGUUAUCUCGUACUCGCCUCUGGAUUCUAUUUUGCGCCUCCUAGAACGGAACACUCCGGUGAAGAUACCAUGAUUUUUGGCGCCACCGUCGUCCAGUCCUUUAAGGACUCCGCCCGAUUGUUUUUCACGUCCCUAGUCAAUUAG